CAAACAGAACCGGAACCAAUAAGCCCUGAGAUUUUCCAACCCCGGUCAUGUCGCCGACACCACCCUCCUCUAGUAGUCACUCCCCUCAGGAUGCUAGCGCUAAAGGCUCGAACGCGUUUAGGGUUGUCAGGAAGCGCAAUCGUGUGCCCCUCUCAUGCGCUCCCUGUCGUAAUAGAAAGUAAGCACUGGUACAUUCCUUCCUCCUAAAAAGUGGGAUUCCGCUUUUCUCCCCUCCUUUUUCGCGGUUUGCUCGCGGCACAUCAAAUGCUAAUGACAUGAGUAUAGGUUGAAAUGUAACCGCUCCCACCCCUGUGAAAACUGUACCCGCCGUGGGGACCCCUCGACCUGUACUUACGCAUCGACUGUCAAUGGCCCCGGCCGCAUCCGAAAGCAAUCGACUGGGUCGAAUGGGUUCUCGUCGGACGAAAUGCAGUCACGAAUCGACCGCUUGGAGGGGCUGGUCCUAAGGUUGAUGGGUUCGGGCGGUAAUCAUAUUUCUCCGCCGGUGGACCGGGAAAGAUCGGCGAGCGCUGAUGACGGAACGAACAAGAACAAGCGCUCCGAUGAUGAUGAUGAUGAUGAUGAUGAUGUUGGAAUGGGUAGCAUUCAUGAGGACGAGAGACACCGGGGUGGGGAGAGUGAUGAGGAUGUUGAAGAGGUACGGAGUGCCUUGGGAAUCAUGAAGGUGGACCAGGGAAAGAGCUACUACAGGGGUGAAACCCACUGGGCAGCGAUUUUAUCAGAGGUACGUGUUGGGGGUCGCUCACUGUUUCCUUGCGCUCGGAGUUGGCGUCAAAUAAUUCUUGGGGAACCCCGUCAACCCUCAGAAUCCAAAUUCACUUCGUUAAUGAAGCUGGCGUUCCAAAUUGGCUUCUUGAGAGAAGCGGGUUUGGAUUCGAUGCCUGGGGUGCAGAACGUGGUUCCCAUCUCUGUGCUUGCAGCUGAUGAAUCGCCUCACAGAUAUCUGAAGUUAAAAACUUCUUCAAUGAAGUAAAACAAAGCUGGGAGGAGAAAUUGGCAUACAUGAAGGCCAAGAAUGCGGGUGCCAACAAGCUUGACCGUACGGGAUUCCCGUUUAACGCCGGCAGACCUCCUAGCAGGGAAGAGCUUUUAUCGUUAGUGCCUCGUCGGGAGUUGGUUGAUCUCUUGGUAGAUGGCUUCUUCAGAAACUAUGAUCCCAUAUUUCGUAUGUAUCCCACAAGGUUUUUCCUCCCAGCGCAAGGGCUGACUCGAUAUAGAUGUCCUUCACCGGCCUACAUUUUACAAACAAUACGAAGACUUUUGGCGGGAUCCGACUCAGGUUGAUCUCAUUUGGUUAGGGCUUUUGAUGGCGAUAAUGUGCCUUUCAUUGAAAAUCUACCAUUAUUCUGGGGAAGAGCCUCCUGAAAUAUCUGGAAAAACGCAGGAGAUGUCGUAUGCGUUCAAGCUAGCGACUGAGCAGUGCCUGAUUGUGGGGGAGUUUACCAAAAAGAUGUAUAUCCAUACUGUACAGGCCUUGAUUCUGGUAUGCACAUGGCAGACCAGCAAGGACCACGUCGAGGAAUCAUGGCUAUAUCAGGGUCUGCUGGUCCGGGUUGCGAUGUGUAUGGGGCUCCAUCGAGACCCAAUGCAAUUUGGAUCCACAAUUGCACCCAGCGAGGCAGAGAUUCGGAGAAGGAUAUGGACAAUGAUCUGUUGCAUGGACGUCCUCGAGUCAAUCAGGAUUGGAUUGCCCUGCAUGAUAAGGCAAGAGGAAUGCGACACACGUUUGCCGAUGAAUCUUCACGAUGAUGAGGUUGGCGAAGGGGUUGAUGUUCUGCCGCCAGAAAGGCCAAGAGAGGAGCUUACUGGAGUCUCGUACAUGAUCGCCAAGGCAUCUAUGGCCAAAGUGUACUCUCGUAUAGUUGCGCAGACUAGCUCGCUUGAGGCUAGGCCUGCAUACGACCAGAUCCUCAAGAUGGACGCCGAGAUUCGAGAAAUGCACGCUGCAGUCCCCCCUUUUUUGCGACUGAAACCAACAGAAGAAUGCAAAGAUGAUCCGGCAUGGCUGAUCAUUCAGCGUUACAACCUAGAUCUCAUUGCUCACAAGGCGCUGGCUACGCUACAUAGGCCUUAUGCUGCCAGAGCGGAGCACAAUCCCCGGUAUGAAAGGAGCAGACAGAAGUGUGUGGAGGCUGCUCUAGUGUUACUGCAGCAUCAAGCCGAGAUAAUACUGGAUACGCAGAGCACCCUGAAGCAUGCAAGGUGGUUUACGGAAGGCCUUGGAUGUCAUGACUUCUUACACGCAGCAAUGAUAAUAUGCCUGGACCUAAGCACUCAAUGCAGGAUAGCAAGGGAUCGGAGCAAAACGCAGGGGGAGCAGGGCUUCCUGCUGGGCGCCAAGGAAAGAGCCGAGCAAUACGACGUUCUCGAGAAAGCCCGACUUAUCUACGGGGAGCAGCGGGGUACAAGUAUAGAUGCCACAAAAGCCUACGGCAUCCUAACCGUGAUGCUCGACAAGAUCCGUGGGGGCCCCGGUUACUUCGACUUCUCACUCGGCUGUCCAUUCGAGGCACGCAAAGCCGCCGAGAAAGACGGAGUCCCACCAACUCCCCAAGACUCUACAUCCUCCUCCAUCGCCGGCGCCACGCCGGUCUUCGCAACACCCUCGUCAUCGGCUUCAGAAGCACCCCAAACACCUCUCAAUCCGACAAAGAGUGGAGUGGCCGCUAUGUCGUUAGGUCUAACGAGUCAGAGCGUGCUAUCACCCAACACCGCCGCGGCAAUGCUCUACAGCGCCCGGACACCGGGAGGUCACAAUGUAGUCAUGGGCGAUGCGAGCAAUGGUGAAUACGGCGCACCGCCGAGCGGAAGCUCAAACAACUUGUCGCAAUUCUGGUCGCAGAGCGGAGUAGAUAUACCGAGCGGCCUGGACUGGGUAACCCCACUUCCCUCCCUUUUCCCAUAGCAUGCCUCAGCUAACCUCCUCAAAAGGACGAAUGGGAUAACUUCAUGCAAGGCAUAAACCUUGAUUCAAACCAAAGUCCUGCAUGGCCAAUGAUGACUGCACUCCCUGGCUCAGCCCAGCAACCGCUGCUCAGCCCAGAAAGCGCAUACCAAGUUUCCCCAUCGUCUACCGUCGCCUCAGCAAACACUGCUGCUGCAGCUAGCGCAUCAGCCACUCCGGGUGACGCAGGGGGAGGAGGGGGUAGUGGAGGCCAGGCACCGGCCGGAUCAGGCCUUUCGGCGAAUGCGACGGGAUAUUUUGUCACAGAAGGGAUGGAUAUUGGGUCGUUGCUGAAAUGA